AGACGUUUUGACCCAGGCAGCUGUUUUCGCGACCUGACCGCUGCGCGACCCGCCGUUUUCCGGGUGGUGCGGCGCGCACGCGGCGCGAUCCCGCCAUGGAGGUCGUAGUCGAGGAUUCUGGGGGUUUGCCCGCCGGUUCUGUCCUCACCGUUCACGCCGGAGGCUUCCAGGGCCAGGCGGCCAUCGAGCCCAACGCGGUGGUCCGGCUGCCAUGCGUCUCGGGGGCCGAGGACGUCCGCGUGGAGUUGACGUCGCAGGUGGGGACGAAGUGCGUUAAGCUGACUCCUGGCAAGGAGGUGUACAGCGUGCUCAUUCAGCCAGCGGAUGAGCAGAACUACGGACAUGAGGCGACGCUGCAGCUUCAGAUGCGGGACCUAUCUGGAAGGGCCGCGCAGCAGCCGAACGGUCAGUAUGCAGCCAGCGGCGGCACCGUUGUGGAGGGGCGGCCGACAUCGCCCAAGCGCAAGCUCCAGACGGCCCUCUCUAUGAGAAAUUAUCUUGACGACCACAACGUGCUUGCACAGAUGCAGGAGUUACUUCAGGACGUGAUAGCUCACCGCCCAGGCGAUCCGUUAGAUUUUAUGAUAGGUCGCUUGGAGGAGGCGUGCAAGGGUAGCGACGAAUUGGCAUAACAAGUUUCCAGUCAGUGGACGUAGUGGGUGUGACCGCGAGGCGCACGGGCCCUAGAGGUACGUGCAACUGUCCCAUUCGCUCGGCUCAUCCGCUGAUUUCUUAAUCUUGGCGGCAUUUUCCGAUUGCUUCCAGUGUACCAGACCGCCCAAACUGGAUCGACGUAGAUGGGGUCAGUGGAUCGCGCCAAAUCGCAGAUGCAUCGGCGAUUCUGCUCGACGCCAUACGUCGCCAG